AUGGAACCCGCGGCGCCCGCGGGCCAGGCCCGGGCGGCAGCCAGCAAGCUGUCGGAGGCGAUGGGCGCAGUGCUGCAGGAUCCUCGGCGGCAGCGGCGCCUGGUGCUGGUCAUCGUGUGCGUGGCUCUCUUCCUGGACAACAUGCUGUACAUGGUCAUCGUGCCCAUCGUGCCCGACUACAUUGCCCACAUGCAUAAGGCCGGCAGGCCCACCACGAGCCCCAAAGUGCACACCCUGCAGGCGCCCACUCCAGCCAGUGGCAGUGACAACAUGGGCAACACCUCAGAGUCCCCGACGGAGAGUGAGGACGUGAAGAUCGGGGUGCUGUUUGCCUCCAAGGCCAUCCUGCAGCUGCUGGUGAACCCCCUGAGUGGGCCCUUCAUUGACCGUAUGAGCUACGACGUGCCGCUGCUUAUCGGCCUGGGCGUCUUGUUCGCCUCCACCGUGCUGUUCGCGUUCGCGGAGGACUAUGCUAUGCUCUUCGCUGCACGCAGCCUGCAAGGCCUGGGCUCGGCCUUUGCGGAUACGUCCGGCAUUGCCAUGAUCGCCGACAAGUAUCCUGAAGAGCCGGAGCGCAGUCGUGCGUUGGGCGUGGCGCUGGCCUUCAUCAGCUUCGGGAGUCUGGUGGCGCCACCCUUCGGGGGCUUCCUCUACGGGUUCGCGGGCAAGCCUGUGCCCUUUCUGGUGCUCGCCGCUGUUUCGCUGCUCGACGCGCUGUUGCUGCUGGUGGUGGCCAAGCCCUUCUCGGCCGUGACGCGGGCGCGGGCCAACCUGCCGGUGGGCACACCCAUCCACCGCCUCAUGCUGGACCCUUACAUCGCCGUGGUGGCCGGGGCGCUCACCACCUGCAACAUCCCCCUCGCCUUCCUCGAGCCCACCAUCGCCACGUGGAUGGAGCACACGAUGGCGGCGUCUGAAUGGCAGACGGGCAUGGCCUGGCUGCCAGCUUUCGUGCCGCAUGUGCUAGGUGUCUACCUCACCGUGCGCCUGGCGGCGCGCUAUCCACACCUGCAGUGGCUGUACGGAGCACUAGGGCUGGCAGUGAUCGGCGCCAGCUCUUGCGUGGUGCCUGCCUGCCGCUCCUUCGCACCACUGGUGAUCUCACUCUGCGGCCUCUGCUUCGGCAUCGCGCUAGUUGACACGGCACUGCUGCCCACGCUCGCCUUUCUCGUGGACGUGCGCCACGUCUCGGUCUACGGCAGCGUCUAUGCCAUCGCCGACAUCUCCUAUUCCGUGGCCUAUGCUCUCGGGCCCAUAGUGGCGGGGCACAUAGUGCACUCGCUUGGUUUUGUGCAACUUAGCCUUGGCAUGGGCCUGGCCAACCUGCUCUACGCGCCGGUCCUGCUGCUGCUGCGCAACGUGGGCCUCCUGAGGCGCUCCCGCUCUGAGCGCGAUGUGCUGCUGGAUGAGCCACCGCAGGGUCUGUAUGAUGCUGUGCGCCUGCGUGAGCGCCCUGUGGCCGACCCAGACGGCGCCCCUCGAAGCCCUUCGGGCCCCUUUGACGAGUGCGAGGACGUCUACAACAAUUACUACACCCACAGCUAGCAGCCCAGCUACUCUCCCGAGCCAUCCCCUCACCGCCCACCCCCCGGGUCCAGGUGGCUACUCUGUGAGAGUACUGGCCAGCUUAGACUCAAGGCCCACCCCUCCAACGAGUAUCCUACACUCUCACCCAUCUUGACUUGCCUGCCGGGAUCCCCCCACUUUGACCCUUCCUGUGUUUCCCUCCCUCUAGUCCAGUGGGACGUGGAGCACAGAAGCAUACAAAACGAUACACUCCUGGCAGAGAUAAAGAGGUGUGCAAGCCGCCACCUCGGGGCUCCCCUGUGUAGAACCGUCUGUCUGUCUGUCUGUCUUUC